CUUGCAUUCUUUCAUAUCACCCCUUGUUUCUUGUUUAUCGUGAAGCCAAACAUUUUCCUUCUUUCUCUGCCUACGAGACAGAGAAAACAACUAGCACCUGGUCCUGUGCCAACCUUGUAUUAUGUGAUUUCAGUUCUCUCUUUCAUUUUGUCACUUUUUUGCUUCUUCUGCUUUUCCAUUCCUUUCCUCACAUCUGCACCAAAACAUGCAAUUUAUGGUGUUGGUAAUGUAACCACCUUUUGUUUCUUUCACUGUUAUCUCUUUUUCUUGCUAAGCAAUUCCUUGGACUGGCUUGAUCGUCUUGUAAUUCUCAAAAUCCUUCCGUCCACAUUACCAUCACAUGCAUUUUGAAACCAUUUUAAAAGGGGGGUAUCUCUAGACCUUUUCAUUGUGGGUUACUCAAUUAUCCAGUGAAAGCUUACAAAACCACUUUUUCUUCCCUCAACAAAGUCUUGUGAAUUCACAUCUUCAAGAAAAGAUCUUUCUUUUUUUCUGUGAAGAUGGUGUUUUCAGUGAUGAGAAUUCUUAGCUUGUUGCCUUUUCUGCUUACUUUGUUUCUGUCAAAAUCUCUGCUUGUGGAUGCUGAGUUGCAGGAACAAACUAUACUAUUUUCCAUCAACAAAAAUCUCAGAGUUCCUGGGUGGAAUGCCACCAACUCAGAUUACUGCUCCUGGAACGGUGUCACCUGUGGCCAUCGCUCACUGGUGGAGAGUCUGUCACUCUCUAAGCAGAAUCUUGGAGGUGAUGUAAGUUCAAUUUCCAUGCUCAAAGCUUUGAAGUGGCUUGACCUUUCAAACAACAACUUUCAAGGGAUGAUUCCUAAUGCUUUUGGAAAUUUAUCCCAUCUUGAAUAUCUUGACCUGUCUUCAAACAAGUUUGAAGGUUCAAUUCCAAUAGGAUUUGGACGCCUCAAACGCCUCAAAACAUUGAACUUUUCCAAUAACAUGCUGGUGGGAGAGAUGCCUAAGGAACUUCAAGGCCUUGAGAGUUUGCAGGAAUUUCAAAUUUACAACAAUCAUCUGAGUGGUUUGAUACCAUCUUGGGUGAGGCACUGGACCAAUCUGAGAGUUUUUGCUGCUUAUGAGAAUCAUUUCAAUGGAAUGAUUCCAGAUGAUCUGGGAUUCAUUUCUGAGCUUAAAACACUAAACCUGCAUACAAACCACCUUGAAGGUCCUAUACCAGCAAGCCUCUUUUCUGCAUGGAAGCUACAAGUCCUGAUCCUCACUCAGAACAACUUGAGUGGUGAAAUUCCGGAGGAAAUCGGGAACUGUCAAACCCUUCUCAGUGUUCGAAUUGGAAACAAUAAUCUACAAGGUAACAUUCCUAAGAGUGUUGGAAACCUCACUAGCCUUGCUUAUUUUGAAGCUGACCAUAAUAAUCUUUCUGGUGAGUUAGUAUCAGAAUUUUCUCUGUGUUAUAAUCUCACCUUCUUGAACCUGGCCUCAAAUGGGCUUGCUGGAAAAAUUUCACCAGAGUUUGGAAAGCUUAUGAACCUGCAGGUGCUGAUGCUUUCUGAAAAUAUCCUUUCUGGAGAUAUUCCAGAACCGAUUCUGCAGAUCAAAAGUCUUAAGAUUGUUGACUUAAGCAAUAACAGGUUCAACGGAACAAUACCAAAUGAAAUCUGUGGCACCGCUCAGUUGCAGAAGCUGCGUUUGAAUCAGAAUUUCUUAAGAGGAGUGAUCCCUCAUGAAAUCGGAAGGUGUAGAGAACUUGUUGAAUUGCAGUUGGGGAGUAACGAUCUGACAGGAACCAUUCCCUCUCAGAUUGGUCACAUGCAUAACUUGGAGAUAGCCUUAAAUUUGAGCUACAACCAUCUUGAAGGAAAAUUGCACCCAGAAUUAGGAAGAAUAAACAAACUUGGCUCUCUGGAUCUUUCCAAUAAUAAUCUCUCAGGUAAGAUCCCAGAAACAUUUAUCAAGUUGUUGAACUUGGUUGUCGUUAACAUAUCAAAUAAUCAGCUCAGUGGUCCAUUGCCAAAGUCUGCAGCAUUCCUGCUCAAUCCUGCUUCAAGUUAUUUGGGCAACAAAGGGCUCUGCGGGGCGCCAUUGAACACUACAUGUGAAGAUCAAGAUAAUCCUCAUCAUUAUGCAGCUGUGGGAAACAAUAAUGGAAUUUCUUACGUAACCAUAAUAUAUAUACUUGGACCAAUUCUUCUGGCUUUUGUGUUAUUUGCUUCAACUGUCUUUGUAAACAGAAUGUGUCGAAGGCAAGUACCAAAUGUUCCUGAGAUAAUAGAAGGUGGUGAAACCGAUACCAAACCAUAUAUAAUAUCACGAGAAGUUUUUGCUAACAAUCUAACAGAAGAAGUAGACCUUGGCGCGGUUGUUGAAGCAACUCGUGAUGAAUCGAAUAAGGUUAGCAGUGGAAAUUUCAGUGCAGUUUACAAGGCAUUGAUGCCCUCUGGGAUAGUCUUAUUUGUAAGGAAAAUGUUCCCUAUGGACAUGACAAUGAUGCAGCAACACAACAAGAUCGUUGCAGAGCUUCAAAGGCUUAGAAAACUGAACCAUGAAAAUUUAAUGAAACCCGUUGGAUAUGUCAUUUGUAAUAAAUUUGCUCUUCUCAUUUAUGAGUACAUAUCCCGUGGAACACUGGCUCAACUUCUUCAUGAACCUGCAAUGCAACCUGCAUAUGAGCUCGAUUGGCCUGCUAGAAUCUCUAUUGCAAUUGAAGUGGCAAAUGGUUUGGGUUUCCUUCAUAGUAAGACAAUGAUCCACCACGACAUUUCUUCUAGCAAUGUUCUUCUAGAUGCAAAUCUGAAUGCACUGAUCGGGGACAUCGAAAUAUCAAAGUUCCUAGAUCAAACUAAAGAAAGUUCUAGUAUUAUCCCAUAUGUUGGUUCUUUCGGUUACGUUCCACCAGAAUAUGCAUACACAAUGCAAGUGACAGAAUCUGGAAAUGUUUAUAGCUUUGGUGUGAUUCUUCUGGAGAUGAUAACUUCCAGAACAGCCAUUGAUGAAGGUGUAGAGUUGGUGAAGUGGGUUCAUGAAGCUGCAGAAAGAGGUGAAUCUCCAGAGGAGAUAAUGGAUGCAACGCUUAGCUCGGAGUGCGAUGGUUGGAGGAAUGAAAUGCUUGGUACUCUGAAAUUGGCGAUGCUGUGCACUGACAACAGGCCAAUAAUCCGACCACCGAUGAUCAACCUUGCGGGAAUGCUUCGACAAAUAAGGAACCCUGUUGAUGUCUAUGUCGCAUGAUCUACCCUGCAGUGGAGAGUAAGAAUAAACCUUAAUAAAGUGGUGUCUGUCUUUUUUUUUUUUCAGCUGUUAAGAAAAAAAUUACAAAAAUAAAGAACCUUGUUUUGUUUAUUUUGCAUUUGAAUUUGAAGGGAGAAGAUGAAAAAUCCUUUUUCUGUGUAAUCACUCUGAUAUCAGAGAUGAUGACAGAAUGGAUUGUGUUUAGCUUUCUAGGUUAAGUGGUUUGAGUCAAUAAAGCACUAUGUUGGAUUCUGUUUGAGAUGGAUCGCAUCCAUUUGACUUUAUAUUUAGUUGAAUGUCAUGUCAUUGCCUUAUUA